AUGGCAAACCAUGGAAAGAUCAUGGAGAUUGGUGGAGGCAACCCGAAAAGAAGGGUUAUCAGCCAGGGGGAGCUCGUCAAGAUCGUGACAACGACGACGACGAAGAUAAGAGCAACAAAAGGCGUAGCAAACGGUGCUACAUUUGUGGCAAGGCGAGAAGAAGGAAAUGUCGUCACUUCUUGCAAGAAGGAGAUUGAAAGCGAAGAAGAAUGGGACUUUCAAGUGCCUGUUGCAAUGAAGGAACGAGAAGAGCUUGCAACAGCUUGUAUAGUUGAGUUGGAUAAUUUGACAGGUUCCAUCACGACCCUGAAUAAGAGCAAGCCAAGGGAGAACUCGAAGAAGCAAAUGCCAACAAGCAGUCGUGAAAAGAAAUUGCAAGAGAUGCAAGAGAUGAUAAAGAAGCUAAAAGUUGAGAAGACAAAGAUGGAGAAUAUGUUAAAGAAAAGGGAUGAGAUGAUAAGGCAGAAGGAUGGAGAGCUCAAGGCAAAAGAAAGGGAGCUAGAGAAGUUCCGAUGUGAGUUCAAGAAGUUACAGGAGCUUCAGGAUCUCAAGCCUGCUAUGAUGUUCCGAAGUAAUCAUAUCGGAAGAGACAACGAACAAAUGAAGGAGAAAAAGAAAGUUUUCUUUGAGAAAAGGAGGCCAUCUACACCCUACAUCCCGUGGUAUAAGGAUCGGUGGAAUAAGAUCAAGGGGAAGAAAUUUGAUGAGGAAAAGGAUCAAGAGGUCUACAUUGAAGUGCUUCGGAUGGGAUUGGAUCGAUUGAAGCACGAAAAGAAAGUCACAAAUGAGAGGGUUGACCGGAUGAGUUCCAAUCUCAAAAUUCUUAGAGGAGAUAUGCUGCAUACAAAGACCGAAUUGAGUGAGAAGAAGGAAAAGGAGAUUAAUGGGCAGAAUGAAUUGGCAUUGCAAAAAUUUAAGGAUCACAAAACUCAAUGGAAAGUUGCAGCAAGAGAAGCAAUUGGAGAUGAAGCCAUAGAGCCAUCCACAUAUGAGGAAGCUUCGCAAUAUGCUGAAUGGAGGGAGACAAUUAAAGAAUCCAAAAACAAUAUCGGCACGGCUACCAUAUCUAAAUUAAGAGAGAAUAGUCGGAUUAAAUAUAGCUUGAGCAUUGUCGCGGACAAGGGCCUGAAAAAGCCCCUACGUACAUCUGCACGUCUGAAAAAGGGAGAAGUGCAGUAUCUGGAGACUCAUUCCUGCAGGAACGAGCUUUGCUUCACUGGAGAAAAGAUGGUCAAAGCUACUACAGCUUCUCAAAUGCAUGAAGCUGAAACAGAGAAAUCCCUAAAUCACCGCUCACAUUCCGUAAAUGGAGAGAGAAACGACACUGAAAAUACUGUGAUCGAUGUGUUUCGGUGGUCUCGAUGUAAGAAGCCUCUUCCCAAGAAAGUUAUGCGUUCAGUCGGAAUUCCUCUGCCCCCUGACUAUCUGGAGGUAUUGGAGGAGAAUCUGGACUGGGAGGAUGUGCAGUGGUCACAAACUGGGGCUUGGAUAGCUGGAAAAGAAUACUUGUUUGCUCGGGUGCAUUUUCUGCCAUUGAAUUAG